AUGGCACUGCGGUUCGAGGCCCUGUACCCAGAGGGAAUCUGUCCUGGAUGGAGCAUCAUGGUCAAGGGCGAGACCAGUUCCAGUUCAAGCAUGUUUGAAAUCAAUUUGCUUUGUGAUCCUGGAGACCAAAUCGCUCUCCACUUUAACCCUCGCUUCUCCAGCUCCAGAAUCAUCUGCAACUCCUUCCUAGACAGCCAGUGGGGGAAGGAAGAGGUUAACACCACCUUCCCCUUCGAAGCAAAGGAGCCUUUCCAGGUUGAAAUCUACUCCGAUCAGGACUAUUUCCACAUUUUCAUCAAUGAAAACAAAGUCCUGCAGUACAAGCACCGGCAGAAGAAUCUUUCAUCCAUCACCAAGCUGCAGAUUCUCAAUGAUAUUGACAUUUCUUCAGUGGAAAUCACCAAACGAGGUCUUUACUAG